UUUCCGCUUGUCUUUCAUUUUGUAGUACCUAGUCCCCUGACUUGUUGACUUUUCGCAUUCGUUUGCUUGAUGUUCGACAAAGAACAUGAAUUUGGGCACAAUUUUGUUUGAAAAGACAGGACAGGCUCCAUCGCCGAGCAAAGACUUCCACCAACUGCUAGUCACCGAGAAUCAAGUGAUUUUGAGAACGUGGAGGAUCUCAAUAAGGAAAGACCAGCGGUACAUUCCACCGAGUCAACGUAAGGUUCCAGUCGCAGAGUUCGACGAAGACACCCUUUUGCAAACAGACAUAAGCCGUAUUUUUGGCGAAGACACGUUACGUCUUGUACAUGGCAUAGUGUGCAAAGAUUGGUUAGCUCGUCUUCCUAAAAACAUUGUUAUCCACAUCGCUUCGUUCCUCGAUCUGGUCGACAUUGCAAGGCUUGGUUCAGUAUGCAGGUCGCUGCAUAAAGUUUGUUCCAGCGACGAAUUGUGGGAGAAGAUUUUUCUCACUCACUGCGACACCAUAUCCGAUGAAACUCGAGCCCUGGCGCAAGAUGUUGGCUGGAAGAAAGUGUUUUUCACUGAUAAGUUGCAGCUUCGAGUUCAAAUGAGGCGCCGCAAGGAGAGACACAGUGCUGAGCUGAAAGGAAAAACAACUCCAGUGGAAGAGAAGAUUCCUCACACUUUUGUCACGCAAACUAAUGGGAAUUAUUAUUGACUGGUGUUGAUUAUCUGUUGUGUGAACUGAAUUAGAUUUAGGUUAAGUGUUAAUGAGUGUUGAUGAAAAUUUCCUGGCACUACAGAAACCCAGGCAACAGGGAUAAAUGUUCCCAUCUCUUGACAUUUGGUUAAGCAUUGUUGAACUGAUAUGUUGUCAGAGCCCUGAAGAAGAAGGGGAAUGUUAAGGCUGUGAGUGAUGAUAUUUAGCUUUGUUUUUUGGCUCUGGUGCCUUUUAUCAUGUAGCAACAAACAACACUGGAUUGAUAAGCCUCCCAACUCAGCAAAUUACAGUGCAUUUGGUGUUUUUUUAUCAUUAUUUUUUACUUUCCUAUACUUUCCUGAGCCUCUGU